CUACAUGUUUUCAUUUUUGAAGUGCCAAUUUCUGACUUUACUAUUUUUUGGUUAUAAAGAUUGGUUCUUUCUAUGUUGAAAGACUUAGUUUUUUUGUUAGAACUCUUUUUUCUGCUUUAGUUUAGAUUAAGUCAAUGCAUUGUCUAGUGAAACACUUAUUAGCCUUAAAACCUUCAGACCCUCAAUUCAUUUUUGUAUAUUGUGUGUAGAGUGUAUGUCGUUGAGCCGAUACAGUUAACACUGUUUAGCUGUAAGAAAGUACUAGUUAGAGUUAAGCACACCGUUAAGAUACAAUCAUCAAGCUUGUGUUUUUAAUCUUCUUAAUUUUUUCCCUGUUUGAAUUUUUGUGUGUGUGUGUUUGGGGGGUGGGGGAUGGGGCUGCGUUAUGAGCUACUCUUUAGGUUAAAUUGCUUGUAUUGAAAUUCUUAAGGCGAUUGAUUAUUGGCAUUGGUGUAAGUAUUUCGUUGCUCUGUCUACGUGGUUGAAAUCACAGCAGUUUUUCUUAUUGUUGGAUGAAAAUGUAAGUUCAUAGUAAGCUGUAGUCGUGGAAGAUAACGAAUGACUACUGUGUUUGUCCAUCUUAUUGCAAGUUUUUAGCACGAGGAAACAAUUUACUACCUUAUAUAGCGAUACGUGUUCCUUACAUCCAGUUAAGUGGAACAAGUUCAAGAAUCUGAAAUAUGUCUGCAUGGAUCGUUCAUGUUUGGGUAAAGAGACAACGCUCGUUAAAAAGUGUGCCCUUUCCAAUAUUAUCGUAAUUCUUUUGGGCAAAUAUAUGACACGGAGCUUCCAUUUUUCGUGCUGGCCAUUGAGAGUCUGAUAUGAGCUAUGUUGCAGUGCUUUUUCAGAAGUCAAUAUUGCAAAAAUUCUCCUUUCGAUAUUUUAGCUUGAAUUUCAUCCCGAGAUCAAUUAUAAAUGAUACUGACAAGAUGUAACAGUGCUAUGUUUCUUCCCUUUUUCUUUAAGAUAUUUUUUCUACGCUUAUUUGUAUUUUUGUUUUUUCUACGCUUAUCUGUAAUAGUGUCAAGGGGCUGCCGCAUUGUACUUAGAUAGCUUAGCACCAACUAUAAUUUUGUACCUGUUCAGAAUUGGGGAUGCUCUCUUUAUGGCAUCUUCGAACGAAUUAAUCAUGCCAGUUUAAUGUGCCAAGAUCUUCCAGUGGCUUUUUCUGUCAAGGGUUUAUUGGGAGAUUGUCCGGUCUCCGAUUUACACCGCUGUUCCAACCGAUUCUGCUGAAAUAAUUUUGAAAAUACUUAGGCCUGAGUCUCAUCCCGAAUUAGCUUAUUCAUAUCUGUUCUGCCUUUCAGCACCUCCUAUUAAUUUAUUUUUACACAUUUUAUGUCAUGUCACUCGGUUGAAAUCUGAUUAUCAGAAUUGCUUUAUCUUGUCAUAACUCGUAACUAAUCUGCGCUUUCAUUUCCCCUUCUGGGAUGGAUAUUAAAUUUUUAUGUGAAGUUUGGAUUAUUAUAAUCUCUGGACCUCUACCUAUUUAACGGCACAAAUAUGUGUAUUUCUACCAUCACCAAAGCAUUAAAAAUCUUCUGUUCUUUGCUUGUCUCUGCUUCCUUACGUUUCUCUCAAGGUCAGUGGAGUUAAUGAUGAGUGUUUGUCUUUCAGGUUCUUUAUGAUUCAGCCUUGAUUAAGAGAAUGCAGAUCUGAAUCUGUUGGUAAUUGGGAUUGAUUUUCCUUGAUGAGUAUAUGUCAACUUUGUCGGAUUGAAGGCUGAAAUUGAUUUUGACAUUAACCACCCACAUAUAUCGUAUGGAUGACAGCGGGCAUCGUGAUAACGGAAGGCAUAAACCGCCUCAGGGUCAGUGGUUGAUGCAGCAUCAGCCAUCAAUGAAGCAGAUUAUGGCAAUCAUGGCAGAAAGAGAUGCCGCCAUACAAGAGCGGAAUCUGGCCCUUUCUGAAAAAAAGGCUGCCUUGGCAGAGCGUGACAUGGCUAUCCUUCAGCGGGAUUCAGCAAUAGCAGAACGAAAUAAUGCCAUCAUGGAACGGGAUAAUGCCAUCGCUACUCUUCAGUAUCGAGAAAGCUCGAUAAGUGGUGGUGGUCAGAUUGCCCGUGGAGUGGUAAAACACAUGCACCAUCCUCAACAGCAUGUACAUGUACAUCAUCAGCCACAUAUGGGAGAACCUACAUAUAACCCGAGAGACAUGCACGUGAAUGAAUCCAUGCCAGUUUCACCUGUUGCACCGGAGCCCACAAAGCCCCGUCGGAACAAAAGAGCUAAGGAGCCAAAGGCAAUGACAGGUUCCAAGAAGACUCCAAAAGCAUCGAAGAAAGUAAAAAGGGAAACUGAAGAUCUUAACCAAACGACAUUUGGCAAGUCUCAGGAGUGGAAGGGUGCACAAGAGAUGGGCGAUGCAAGUGAUGACCUUAAUAGGCAGUUAGCUGUGUCAAAACCCGAUUGGAAGGAUCAGGACCUGGGGCUAAACCAAGUUGCAUUUGAUGAAACAACAAUGCCAGUCCCGGUUUGUUCCUGCACCGGAGUUUUAAGACCUUGCUAUAAAUGGGGAAACGGAGGUUGGCAAUCCUCGUGUUGCACGACCAAUUUGUCGAUGUAUCCAUUACCAGCUGUUCCUAACAAGCGACAUGCCCGAAUUGGUGGUCGAAAAAUGAGUGGAAGUGCAUUCACCAAGCUGCUCAGUCGCCUGGCGGCAGAAGGCCAUGAUCUAUCAAAUCCAGUUGAUCUCAAGAACCACUGGGCAAAGCAUGGUACAAACCGCUACAUCACCAUCAAAUAAUGCUUCGAAGUUUUCAAUCUAGGACGGUACACCUAAACAUCAUUUACAUAUUAUGUUUCCGCUCAUUACAUUCCUUUAUUGUGGGUGAGAGAAGGAUUCUAUUAGCGCGAAUGUAAGUUUAUCGUCCUAAAUUGUCAGCAGUUUAAUUCAUAGUUGUAUCAACGGGAGAUAACUGUAAAGAAGCAUUGUAUUCAGGACACUUUCUGUUGUAUCAAACGUUGAUGUUAAUUUAUUGAAUAUCUAGUAUGAUGGGGUUAUAUAA